AUGGUAGAGAUAACGUCAAGUUUGAAGUCCACCGUAAACGAAUUUGCAGAUGCCGCCAACUGGAUUACAAACCAAAUAUAUUCCUGGAAAAACUUAAAAAUGAGGACUUGCUUGUCAGUGGAAAUAAACUGGAAGCAUUACAACCUGUCUACUGAAAAGUUUGAAAGAUCAUUCAGAACCAACCAUGUUGUAUUGGAUGAGGACUGUUUGCUCAAAUUGGAAAACGCUUCCUCUAGCCUUUGGAAUGCCAUCUCCAUAGAGUUGAAGAGCGAACAGAACUUAAGUGGGGGGACACUGCUGCUAUGUCGCUGUAAACUGUUUGCGGCAAUAUUGCUAUCCCUUUUUGACUCCCUUGAUGGAAGCUCCCUUACUAGAAUUAGGAGCUUCCAGUGCUAUGUUACUGUCCUAAGAACGGUAGUCGAGUUUUUCAUUCAGGAACCGCUUACAGACAAAUCUUCUAACGUGGGGAGAGACAAAAAAAAGGAACUGUUGACUAAGGCACAAGAGCACGCAUACACAAAUUUCAAAGUGUUGGAGGAAUCACAAUUUGAUUGGAAACCGGCGGAAGGUACAGAGAUACAGAAACUCAAAUUCAAAUUUUAUUUGCUUAAUUUUCAGAUAUCGUUACAAGAAGGGGACUUCGAAACGGCUACUUUGUACAGCACAAAAAUGGAUAUUGAAAACAAUUUGACCACCGUGGAUGCAAACUUACUACUUGAAAUAUGCCGACAAACGUACAAUGCGGUUUUAUCAUCUUCGAAAAAGGUUACAGAUGAUUCACAGGGAGGAGGUAACGUCAAACUGAGUUAUUUUGCUAAACAAGCUUACUCCCUUUUGAAGCUCCCCGUGGAUAACUUACAAAAUCAUGUCGACUAUAACAUGAUCAAGUUUUCCCUGCUUGUAUUUCUAGUUAACAAUCUAGUGGAACAGUACAACAUAGAAGCGAAUUGCGAGGAGUGUGAACUGUAUUUGAAUGCUCUCGAAACGUCCUACCCUAAAAAGAUCGAGCCUUUUGCUCUUUACAUCAAGUACUACAAAAAGAAGGGGUGUGACAACCUUGAUCAAUCGAUCGAAGAAGUAUUGAUGAAAAUGAUCAGUUCCGUCGAUAUUGCACCAAAUUUUGCUCAAGUACUAGAGUGCGCUAAAGAAUUGGUUGAAGUCAACAUCAAAAUGGGGGCAACCUGCCUGGAUUACAUUCUUUCAAAUAAGUUGGAACCAGAGAAGGACAAAAGUAUCUUGGAAAAAUUAAUAGUGGCCAGGUUUUUCAUCAUCACUCAAUCGAAAACACUUACCGCAGAUGAAAUCGCGUCAUCUCUAUCCGAGUUUUGCGAUCUAGUCGAAAGGAUAUUAACCACUAAACUGUCCAAAGACACAGUUUCUUGCAUCGUCACCCUGUUAUGGAACGCUGGCAAAAAACUAGAUAAAUCUGGAGAGUAUCCACAAAGCGUGAUGUUUUACACAAUGGCCUUAAGGAAAAUAUUAAGCGAGGAUUAUACAGACAAGGGGAAGUUACAGAGGGCAUUACAAGCCGCCUAUAUCAAUUUGGAGGAGUUUGUGUCUGUGAGUCGAGUGUUCGAAGAAAUGACAGAAGAGGAACAAAACCACCCGUUAACGCAACUGUUAAUGCUCAAAGAGGCACUUAGUCGGCAAGACACACAAGGUGCAAUUUCUAACCUGAAGAAUAUAAAGUGUUCCAACACAAACACAACUAUAGACGCCCUUAUUCUAGGUAUCACAUAUUGCAAGAAUUUUAAAGAUGUCACGCUAGAAGCGAUAAAUCUACUGUUUGAAAAAUUGGAAGAAGCACCAUACACCAAGGAGAGCUCUGAUUUACAAAACUGGACCGUUCCUACAGUCUCCUUGGUCCGUUACACAAUUCAGUUGAUUAUCAAACUAGUCGAAAAAAAGGACCCGACCGUUCUGGAUGAUUAUCUCUUGCGGGUUGAGAAUUUAUUGAUGAAAGCGAAAAGUUUUGUAUUGAAGUCCCGUCUUCAGAAAAAUAUCACGUCAACAAGAGGUGAAGAAGGUGAUACCCACACAGAACCAGUUUCCAUAGAUGAAAUUGAAUGGUUUGCCUCAGUCGCUUACAACUUUGCAGCUAAAUGUCAUGCCGGUGGGGAUAUUGAAAGAAGCAGAACGUUUUCUGAGAUAGCAACAGAAUAUGUUGAUCUGAUACCCGGGAAGGAAUUUACUUUCCCUAAAAUGUUUCAUUAUUUUUAUUGGAAGUAUAGAUGCUUGACCCUAAAUUGCUUUACGUGUGGGAAGAUGCUCACAUCCAGAGGUGUAGAUGGUAAAGAAGUCGAUGAACUUGAAGAGAGGAUAAAAAGGUAUAUGGAAGAGCUCCUAGAAUUUGGGAGAAAUGAAAAGGAAGCCAAUCUGAAUGAAGCUGAUGAAAGGAAACUGAAACAGUGUUAUUUGGACCUUCUCAGUGUUCUCUUCGAACUGAUCUUAUUUUCCAAGGAUACUCAAAAGGUGCACAAGAUACUACAUCUGGUUGAAACUUCACCCGAUCCGGAAGUGGAUUCCACGAUAGUAAAUAACCUCUUGGCAUUCGAGGGAACUCCACAAUACCUUAAAAAAGAAAUCCUAUCUGCUAUAAUUAAACGCAAUGUGACAAACGAUGGGCUGUUAGACAACACUCUUUGUACUUGGAUCCGCAAAUAUUUGGAAACCGAUUCCUUUGAUGACGUAAUUAAAGAGGAGGAAAAGAUUGUGAAAACUCUCUUAAAGCGAUUAGAGAUGGGAGCGGCCAACCAUCAGGAAGCCCAGUUUGAUAUUGAAGUCAUAGCUACACUGGCCUGGAAUAGGGGCGUGAACUCGCUGAUCCUUGCUAACACAGAGGGGGCCAUAGCCUGGUGCAUGUAUUCAAUCAAAUUUGCCUCAAUAGCAAACCCUGGUCUCAAAGAUCAAUUGAAAGGCCUCUGGAGUUCACUGGCUACGUCGGCAGACAUUACCCGGGACCGUGUCGAUGAGCUUCUCUGUAUUUAA